GAGAGAAAAAGGAGGUUAGCUUCUGUGCGGUGUUUAGCGGCUAGCCUGUGCUGUGCCGUGCUGUGCCAGCAGCGGCUAAGAAGAUGCACACAGCUAGUGCUGUGUACAAUAUAGAGGUGCCUGCGAGCUAACAUAUGUUUAUAUAUGUAGGAAAACUGCCGACACCUUUCGACACUAACGCUCGCAGAAAUGGCUGGGAUUAUUAAAAAGCAAAUCCUGAAACAUUUGUCAAGGUUUACGAAGAAUCUGUCCCCGGACAAAAUCAAUCUGAGUACUCUAAAGGGGGAGGGGCAGUUGUCCAACCUCGAGCUUGAUGAAGAGGUUCUGCAGAACAUGCUUGACCUGCCUACAUGGCUGGCUGUAACCCGGGUCUACUGCAACAAGGCUGCCAUCAGGAUACAAUGGACAAAGUUGAAAACAAGCCCCAUCUGCCUGUUCUUAGACAAGGUCGAGGUAGAGAUGAGGACAUGUGAAGAACCUCGACCACCCAAUGGCCCCUCUCCCAUAGCUAUAACAGCAGGCCAGAGCGAGUAUGGCUUUGCUGAAAAAGUAGUAGAGGGUAUGUCUGUUAGGAUCAACUCAAUUACCAUCAAGGUCCAGGCUAAGGCCUUCCACGCGUCCUUUGAGCUCUGGCAGCUACAAGGCAACAGCCUGAACCCCAAAUGGCAACGUAGUGAUCUUCGCUACACCCGGAUCACUGAUCCAAAGAGAGGAGAGGUGCUGACAUUCAAAGAAAUUAACUGGCAAACUCUACGUAUUGAGGCAGAUGCCAUUGAGAGCGAUGACCAAGACCUAAGUAGCACCCCUUUAAGGCUCAUCACCAACCAGGGGCGCAUUCGCAUUGCUCUUAAACGCAGGAUAAAGGACUGUAAUGUGCUGGCGUCAAAGCUGCUUUUCAUUCUGGACGACCUGUUGUGGGUGCUGACAGACACUCAGCUCAAAGCCAUCAUCCAUUAUGCCAAAUCUCUCAGUGAAGCAAUGGAGAAAUCUGCACAGCAGAGGAAAAGCAUGGCUGCCGAAUCCUUGCAGACUGCCCCACCAUCUCCCAGCCUCCAGAGUCUGUGGACAGAACCCCAACCGGCUCCCACAGGCACCCCCAGCAACAUCAGCCAAUACUUUGAUCUCUUUGAUGUCAAAGAGUCUUCUUACCACACCUUCAUCUCACGCUUGGACUUACACAUAUGCAAUGACAGUUCUUCAAUGGAUGAAGAUGAGCCUCCCCCACCAGGCUUGCAGGGUGCCAUGCAGCUGACCUUCAGGAAGCUAGGUUUUGACUACUAUCCCGUCCACAGACCUGCUGAUGGGUGUCGACACUGGGAACGUCACAGUGGAGCCAUGGAGGCCCACGCACAGUGGGCUGGGAAACUACUGCAAGAGUAUCAGAGAAGAGUUGAAGCUUCAGGGAUCCCUGGACCACAUACUGAAAUUCCCCAGUCAGCCAAGGAUUCCCCUGCAAAAACAGCACAAGAUGGACAGCCAAGUCCCAAGUUAAACUCGUCUGAAAAAGAGCAGGCAGCCAGCAAGACUUCAGCUGCUUCGGGAUCAUCACUGAAGAGGCUGCGAUCUAGCUGCGUGGUGAUCAGGAUGGAUGAUGUUGACAUUCACCAGGUGUCUACAAGAGGCCGACAAAACAAAAAGACCCAGUCUUUGUUAUCCUGUAACCGUAAAGCGCUGCAUUUACCAGACAACAUACCAGCAGUUCAUCUGCAGUUUACUGAAUACUACUUUCCUGACAAUCCCAAUCUACCAGUGCCCACCUCAAACCUGUAUGCCCAGUUAAACAGCCUCCAGCUUUGUGUUGACCCAGCUAGUGUGUUAUGGAUUAAUUUGUUCACCAGGGGUCUCCUACACACCCUGGACCAGGUCAAAGCCUUCUACCAUUUACAAGACAGUAACAAGUCUGAUGAACACGUAGACAUCCGCAUGGAUGCAGCUCAACUUAAGCUGAUAAUACCCUUGGAUUCAUCCAUACUGGAUCAUCCAGAACGUCCUCAGUCUCUUUCUGUCACUAUACCCCAGAUCAUUCUCAGCAACACCCGCCACUGCCCUCAUGGGUCUAAUGUGGACCUCAAUACUACAUGUGAAAAGUUUGCCAGCUGCACCUUCUUCCAGUCCACACCACCUUGCCCUUACCCCAGAGACCUGAGUGCCUUCCACCCCAUUCCUUCCAUCUUCCUUCAGCAUGCUCAAGAGAUGGAGCCCCAGCCUCUGGACAGAAAGCAGCUGCGAUCCCAGGACAUGUGGUCUCUCAGUCUGUCCCAUGUUACAUUAGGCUUUGAUGGAGCACGGCGAUUCCCCAAAGGCAAAACUCAGCCUUUUGUUGAGCCCUUUGCCAUGUCUGUGUGGAUGUGUCAGCCAUGUGCCUUUAAAAGCGGUUCAUUGUCUUCCUCCUCCAGUCCCAGCAAAACCCAUCAGCUUUCUUCAGAGCAGGAGCCUCAUCAGCAAGAGGCUACGCUUGCUUCGGUCCAUUUCCUGGCCCACACAAUCACACCAGUGAAGAUGUGGCUCAACCACUAUCAGUACGUUGCACUGCUCAGGAUGAAAGAUGCAAUGGCUCGCUUGGGAGCAGAGUUGGGCCGGGAUAUACGAGAUGUUAAGCAGGCUCAUGACCAGAAGACAAAAAUGGCUACAGUUUGCCUUGCCCUUGUGGUGGACUCAGUGGAAUUGGGUCUGCUUUUACCACCAGCCUGCACAGAGCCUGAAGAAGUCGUCCCCCACACUCCUGAAACAGACAGCCCCAUAAGUGACUCUGACAUCUCCCCAUCUCAUCACUCUGAUGUUGUUCUUGAGGACAGUGGAUUAGAAAAUGGUAUCUCCUCCAUCAAUACAGUUGGAUUUGACCAAGAUGAACAAGAUGGAGGGGUGGAGGAGGCUUGUGAGGCUGUGGAGGAGGGUCUGGAGGCUCCUGUUCCCUCUCCUCCCCUCUCACCCGGACAGUCUGUAGUACUCUCCAGAGAACCGUCUACCUUCAGCCUUGAGGGAGAGCUGUCAAGCGCCAUUAAUGUCACCAAGGAUGUGACCAAAGAUGCCAUUAGUGCCUCGCUGGACCUGACUAAAGGGGCAUUUUCAAUAACAAAAGAUGCCUUUAGCAUGUUGAGUCGUGGCUCGGGGAUGAGCAAAUUGUUCAGUCCACAGGCAAAGGAACAGGUUCAACGUUCAGAAGAGUCUCGUCAACAAUCCAUGAAGCCGUCUCCUUCCCAGCAUUCCUUUGACAGUGCUAUCUUGGAUGGCAGCCUGCCUGAUGAAAAUCUUUCUGUGGAUAGUGAUAUCAGUGACACUUUUGUUGUCCUCUUGGACUCAGAAUCAGGAAUGGAGUCCAUGCGCCCUAACAGCACACCUGUUGGCAGUCGAGGCAGCCCAGCCCCAGGGACAGAGGGAGGCUCAUCAGCUGAUCUUAGCAGUUCCCUGUCCCAAAGUACAGAGGAUGUCUCUCAGGACACGUCCUCAGUGUUGUUGCUGAUCCUGAGUGGAACAUCUUGUACCAUUGAGGUAAAGGGAGAAGACCAAGUUGUGGCUGUUGAAGCGCAAACUCUUACCCCUGUACACAUGGGUAAUGUCAGACAGUCAGACGUGCUUGCUGGUGUCAUUCAAACACCAGUUUUGCCAGUCCAGAAGCAGAGUAGGGAGGGUAGCAGUGCCUCUCCAGCAUUGUGCAUGCGGGCGGAAAUGGGUCCAACUGCAGCUCGGCGCUCUGCUCUGGCUGAAUCACUGGGCUUUCUGGAUGUGAGAGUGCAAGACUGUCAGGCUGAGUUGUUAGCCUCAACAGUUACUAACAUUGGUCCUUUCCUUGAAGAUGAAUUCAGCGUUGACGGUCAGCCAAUGCAGUUGCACAUGAGCAACGUCACCAUCACGAUGAAGGAUGAUGGCCCCAGAAUAUACCCCACAGCCCCCCAACCUGUUCCAGCCACAUUCAUUGUAGAUGAGCUGGUUCUCGAGCGUAGUGAUAAUGGCAUCAUGAGAGUCAGAGCUGGAGGUGGAGGCUCUAAAGCAUUAGGACAUUUUCCAGAAACUGGUGGGGAUAACCCUAACAACUCUUUCGCUGUUCAACAGCAUAGUGAGAUACAACCACUGGAGUCACAGCUCUGUGAGGUACAGGCUGCACUUACUCAGGCUCUCAGAGAGAAAGAGCGCCUCCUGCUGGAAGUCAGGAAGUAUGACCCCAAAUUUACCCUCUGAACUUCAUUGUGCUUGACUUCUGAAUCUGUCGCUGCUGAAGAAUGCUGAUGGGAUUGGUCAGGCUGAAUGUCGGGAACCAGCAUGACUCACUCAUGUCUGGACAUCAGACAUGUCUCAAAAGAAGAGGAAUCCAAGAUGAUUGUUUGGAUUACUUCCUUUGUUUUAUUUAUGAAAUUACAAAAAAAAGCCACUUAUAACAAUUACUGGAUGGGGAAGUUGGUAAACUAACAUAGGUACAUUAACGGUCUAGAUAAUCCUCACUGCUGUAAACAGAUCUUCUUCUUCUGGUUAUUUCUCAUCCAAAUAAGUGUGGACGGUAAACUUGUUGUGUGGUUUUAGUGUUUUGUCAUGCAGCAUGCAAAGGUACAUAUUAUUAAGCUUUAAUUCUCUCUAGUGAGUAUUUGCGUUACAACAGUAUUACACACAUAAAACAAGCCAAAACCUCUUUUCACAUGCACUGACACUGCCAGACAGCUGCUAGUUCAUCUCAAUACGUCACAAAACAUAUUCUCAAGCAUGUUGCCUGAACAGUGCUAAUUUACAUGUAGCACAUAUACAUACUGACAGUAAGAGAGCUAGACUUAGUAACAAAGAUUACUUUUGUUAAUUGUAAAGUAAACUUGUGGGGUUUUUUUCCCACUUGGUGGAAAAUGUGUUUUGACAAGUAGGGAAAAAAGCACUUUAAAAGCAGGGGGGGAAAAAGCAUACCUCCACUGCUUUCAUGGAGAGCCUGAUUCAUUUCAAAUUCCACCUGGUUAUUUGAUCAACAGGGGGGCAUGGUUACGCAUAGAGGCUGAAUCAUUCCCCAGUGUUAUAUGUAUAUAUUUUUUUUUUAGUUGCAAAAUGUUGAUUAUGCUUCUUUGGUACUGUGAAACGAUGUGCUCUGUGGCUGAAUGUCCAAUGAAGGCAAUGUGCCUUUCCCUUGACGGUAGAGAGGUUGCACACAAGGUUCAAUUUAUUGACCUGAUUGGAUUUGUCAGUCCAGUUCUCUGGCAUAAAGACAUCUGAGAAUAUACCAGCUAGCAAUGGUAUAAUACCUGUGCUCUUUGUGUUUUGUAGCUUACCAGGAAACAACUCAGACUGAUAGUGUUAUUACUUCUGUACACUUGUAUUGUGUGUAGUGAUUUGACAUCAUAGACCUGACUUCAUUUUGUGUGUUGUUUUACUGCCUGUGUUUUGUUUUUAAGCUUUGACUUAUUACAUUGUAUUCAAGCCAUAUCAAUCAAAGAAGGUGACAUUUAUAAGAACUAUGGUACCGAUAAUGUAAUGUAUAUUUGUCAGAUUUACUACAACACUCAUAUUUAACUGUAUUUAAUCCUAAUCUGCAGAUAUGAUCUUUUCAGGCCAGUUGCAAGUUUAAAUUUCUGUCCCUUCCCAUUAUCCACAAAUCUGUUACAUGGAUUUGAAGCGAUUGACUUGUUUAUCCAAGACUGGUUGGGUAAACUUUUCAUGAAGCUGUCAGUCACAUUUUAUCUAAAAGUGUCUUAAUGUUAAAUUAGCGUUUUGUUAUUUUGCCUUUUGGCAGGGGUUUAAUGGUUGCACAGCUGUCACAGAAAUCUUCCACUCACUUAAACUCAUAACGGUCCUUCUGAGACCUCUGGUGGUGUUGACUUGCCAGCAUACACUCCAUUUAAAAUGUUAUUUAUCAUUUUAAUUUUUUUAGCAAGUGCAAAUUUACAAUUUCAAUUUGCACUUUAGCAAAUUUACAGCCUGUGACUGACAUUUUAUGUUAUUAAAGAGGAAUGUUAGAUGUCAAAGCAAUAGACACUCAAGUUUAUCCACAAACAUGACAAAGAACCGUAACACUACACUUUUUUGAUGUGGAGUUCUUUAGUUCACGGGGUGAUCAAUUACCUGUAUAACUCAAAAUAUCCUCUAUCUAUACAUGUAAUAGAACAUAGACUGCCUUUUAACCUCAUUAUCACUUAGAGAUGUGAUAUUUCUCAGCUGUUGGUGUUUGCUUUUGCAUGCCUGUAGUAGACGGAUAUAUUGGUACGGAAUUGAACGUGCCGUGCUGGAUGCAUCAUGUAGCUCUGAGGUUUACCCAGUUUCUUUCUCCUCAGUCAGGCUUCCAUGUUUAGUAGCAUUUUUGUUCCACAAAAAAAACAAAAACUGGUGCUUUAAGUUAAAUCUGCUCAUUACCUGUUACACCAGAGUUUAUUUGCACUCCAGAGCAGGCCAGGGUUUCUAUGUAAAUCUAACUUUUUCCCCAGUGUGCCAUGCAGAAAGGAAGUGGACAAAGAGUGGUGUAAGAUUCACUCCAGAGUGUGGUGUGCUCUCUCUCUAGAUGCAUGUGCUGAAGUGAUGUUCUGUUGAUUAUACCUUGUGGAUUACUUGCACCUGUGUGGUAUAGUGGAGAUUGCACUUGUUUUCAUGUAAAUCACUUCAAAUGACUGGAGGAGUAAUUGUGAAAUCUUUCUAAGUGAUGCAAAUGUUUGGACACUUUUUUUUUGUGAGUUGUGUAGGAUUAAAUAGAAUUUUAUAUUGUCUUCAUCACUUAAUUAAGACUAAUUUUAAACUGGUUCUGUGAACCAAACGUAGUAUGUAGAGAUUAAUUUAAGUAAAAAAAUAAAUAAAUAAUUAAUUG